AUGAUUUUCUUCUCUUUAUUUGUAGCUAAAAUCCCUCCAUGCCAGCCACCAAAACUUCCACCAGGUGUGUUUGUCUUUGAACCUUUCAAUACUCUUGAGUAUCCUAAGAAUUGGUCAAGAACUGCCGUAAAAGGCUUCGAUGGACAAAUGGCUAUAUAUGAUUUAGCAGAACCGAAGACAUGCAAGAUCGAUAGAGCACUAGUUAUGAAAGAUGGCAAGAAGAAAUAUGCAUUUUCGCGUUAUCUUAAUCAAAGACUUAUUAAUUAUAACAAAACAGUGAUUUUACAAUACGAAUACAGAUUCCCAAGAUAUCUUUCUCUGUCAUCAGGCUAUAUUAAGCUAUAUGACGAGUUUUCUGGUUUUCAUCCAAAUAAUCUUUCCGAGAAAACAACGCCUACAUUAAUUUUCGGACCAGAAUUCAAAUACUUUUCAGGUAAAAUACAUCUGAAGUUCGUUUACCAGAACAAAUUAUCACGCGUUUACGAAGAACACGUACUUAAGAAUCCUCCAGCAAUUUACUUAGAUGGAUUGAAUCAUUUGCUUACUCUCAUGCUCAAACCUGACGAAACAUUCACAAUUUUCUACGAUGGUGAGCCAUAUUUCAAUGGUUCUUUACUUACAGAUUUCGAACCUCCAUUUGGCGGUCACGAGAUCAUUCCUGACCCAGACGAUAUCAAACCAAAAGAUUGGGAUGAACGAGAGAUGAUUGUUGAUGAAACUGCAGUCAAACCAGCAGAUUGGGAUGAUAAUGCAAAACCAGUCAUCAAAGAUCCAUCAACUCAACCGCCAGAAGGAUGGCUUGUUGACGAACAACCAUUUAUUCCUGAUCCUUCCGCUACAAAACCAAAAGAUUGGGAUGACAAUUUAUUUGGCGAGUUUAUUCCACCAAUAAUCCCCAAUCCUAAAUGCCACGCCCCAGGAGUUGUUGGUUGUGGUCAUUGGGAACCUUCUUACAUCAAAAAUCCAAAUUACAGAGGUAUAUGGAAGAAACCACUCAUAAAGAAUCCAAAUUACAAGGGAAAGUGGGUACAAAAACGUAUACCUAACAAAUACCACUACAAACCAAGUAAUCCUCAUUUUAUGCCUCCAAUAACCGGAAUCGGCUUUGAAUUGUGGACACAAGAUGGCGGUUUGGCCUUCAAAAACGUGCUUCUGAAAACAGGUGAAGAAGGCCUAAACGAGACAUUUUUCCACAAUUUCAAGCUCAGAAAGGAAUAUCAGAGAAAUCCACCGGAUUACGAUCCGAAAGUUGAUGAGCAUACAAUGGAAGACCUCAAUACAUUGUUUGGACACCGUCAUCACCAUCAUUGA